AUGGACAUCUACGUGAGGGUGAUUUACCACUUAGCGAAUUACGCGCAAGGCAAACUCUGGGUGCUGGGAGAUCCGUCAAUAUUAAAUUAUCAGAUAUUAGAGCGGCUACGUGAAAAGAUGCGUCUUCGAGUUAAAUUGGCUGGACCUGAUGCAGAUGCUGACGAAAAUGAAUUUCGUAAAAAACUGGAUGCAGAAUUGGAUGAAGCGGAACGAGGAUUGCUUGAAAAGGACCAAUUGGUGAAACAACUUAGUACACAGAUAUCCGAUCUGGAACAAUAUGUACAGUUGUUACAGCGGGAAGCAGUGACUCUCUCCUGUCCAGGCAUAUUAUUUAUUAUACAUAAUAUUUAA